CCUCGACGCGUUGGGACGCGCCCCCUGGCCGACCACGCUCAAGAACUGCACGCUACUCUGUACUAACUCUGCUCUGCCUACCUAACAGUCGAACUCGUGCGAUAAGGAAACUGCGCCCCUCCCAUCUUCGAAACAUAGACAAAUGCCAACAAUUCAGUCCCUUGGAUGACGGCUGGAAUCAUCAGCCUCCUGCCCAUCCGAUCCUCGCCGAUACUACGCCUGUUCACCCACAGAGCAAUUCGCAUCGCUCAUGUCCACAUCUCUGCCCCCCAUUCGGAUAUAGAUCCGGAUCCAGGUUCAAUGUUGGCCAGAGCGAACAAGGCAUACGAGGCCAGCGCGCCACCUCCUCCCAAGAACGACUUGGCGAAGCAACUCUUCCCCUCGAGCAGUCCCAGUGCCACCCAAAAUGGAAAUAUCAUGGACCAAUUCAAGAAGACAAGCCAGCCGAUCUCGAAUGCCCCUGUAUCGGCGAGGACCGCUUCAACCACCAACACAUCCAUGCCCUCGAAAUCGUCACGGCCUCCACCAGGCAGGACUGCCAGCGUCACACACUUCGCAAACAGCAACCGAUCUGCCCUAGACCCGAUUCCCGCCCCAAACGGAAGAUCUCUGGCCUCAUUAUACUCUAGAUCUGAUUCUUUUCGCCACGAGCCUGAGACCAGCCUGUCUGUCCAAAACCAGUCAGCCAACUCAAAACCCGCCGUCUACUUUGCUGAGGAUGACUUCAGCGACGACGACCAACUGGACCUUGACUAUGAAGCACCAUCCGCUUUGCCUUCGCUUCCCAAACCCCCAUCCAAGGCAGUUAAGGUUCCCGAGCCGCCAAUAGAAGAACCUUUGUCACAGUUUGUACCGUGGUCAUCGUCUCCCGCCUCCCAUUUCGUCAACCCGAUGCUUUCUCGCACGACCUCCGCAGCGAGCUCACUCAAACGCCACUCUCCAGAGAAUGCAGAGUCUCUGGCGGCUCUGCAGCCCAAGAAGCGUAGGCUCCCGAAGAACUGGAGCUUUGAGGAGGAGAAUCGCACCCCUGUACCAGAAAGCGAGCCUGAAGUACCUCGAUGGGCUCCCGGUGGAGUUACACCCGCCCCGAAGAAAGAGACAUGGAACAUGACGGCCACUGCUGUCAAAGAGCAGAAGAAACAGUUGAAAACCCAGUUCAAGAAAGCUAUGGCCGGCGAUGGAUGGACCAUGGACGAGAUUCGACAAGAGGUCACUCAGAGUAAUCUUCCCAGGCCCAAGGCGUCGGCGAUUGCCCUGACCAAGGAGCAAAAACACGUUCAGAGUCUCGUGGUCAACAAGGGGCAGAGUGUAUUUUUUACGGGCCCGGCAGGAACCGGAAAAUCAGUCCUGAUGCGGUCGAUCAUCGCCGAGCUAAAGAAGAAGUGGGCGAGAGAUCCUGAGAGGCUGGCCGUCACAGCAUCAACCGGCCUUGCGGCUUGCAACAUCGGAGGCCAGACGUUGCACAGCUUCGCUGGAAUUGGCCUCGGGAAAGACGACAUUCCAACGUUGGUCAAAAAGAUCAGGCGGAACCCCAAGGCCAAGAACCGCUGGCUCAGGACCAAGACGCUCAUCAUUGACGAGGUAUCCAUGGUCGACGGGGAACUCUUUGAUAAACUGUCGUCAAUCGGCAGAACCAUCCGGAAUAACGGCAAACCCUGGGGUGGCAUUCAACUCGUAAUUACGGGUGACUUUUUCCAGCUGCCCCCGGUACCCGACGGCGACAAAAGUAGGGAAUCCAAAUUCGCAUUCGAAGCGGCGACGUGGAACACGGCGAUUGACCACACAAUUGGCUUGACGCAAGUGUUCCGACAGAGAGACCCAGUCUUUGCCAACAUGCUCAACGAAAUGCGUCUCGGCAAAAUCAGCGAGGAAACGGUGCAAGCUUUCCGGAAACUAACAAGGCCCAUCGUCAGCGAUGAUGGACUAGAGGUGACCGAGCUGUUUCCCACCAGAUACGAGGUCGAGAACGCCAACCAGGGGCGAUUGCGCAGCCUUCCCGGGAAAACGUAUCGGUUUGAUGCCGCCGACUCUGGAGACCCUCAAGUUCGCGACAAACUACUUCAGAACAUGAUGGCAGCAAAGACCAUUGAUCUGAAGGUUGGCGCUCAGGUUAUGCUGAUCAAGAACAUGGACGACACUCUUGUCAACGGGUCACUUGGAAAGGUGACACGGUUCAUGAGCGAGGGCAGUUUCGAGUCUUGGCACAUGACGGAUUACGGGUCCGAUGUUGAUGCGUCCGAGGAAGGCGACUUCAAGCGAAAGAUCAAGGCCUUUAGCAGAGAGGUUGAAGAAGCGACCAAGGGGACAACUGAAUUCCCCGUGGUAGAGUUCGCCGCAGUGGACGGGUCGACCCGUACCAUUCUGUGCGUUCCAGAAGACUGGAAGGUCGAAACGCCGACAGGCGAAGUACAAGCUAGCCGCAGCCAGCUGCCCCUCAUCCUUGCGUGGGCAUUGUCGAUUCACAAGGCCCAGGGGCAGACUUUGGAAAGAGUCAAGGUGGACUUAGGCAAGGUCUUCGAGAAAGGUCAGGCCUAUGUCGCACUCAGCCGAGCAACCAGUCAACAGGGCUUGCAAGUACUUCGCUUCCAGAAGGACAAGGUCAUGGCCCAUCCCCGAGUCGUGGGAUUCUACAACAAGCUCUACAGCGCUGAGCAAGCUGUCGCGAAGAAACCGUCCAGCAUGGCCGAUUUCUUACACAAGGAAGAAGACACGAAGCUCGCCAAAGCCAAUGCAAGAUCUCAGUCGUUUGUCAGGAAAGGGGUGGAGGUUAUCGACCUCGACGACGAAGAAGAAGCGAUGGCGAGCUAUGGCAGUUUUUGAAUCCCAGGACACGAAAAGCCUUGGGAAGUGAUAUAAUAUGGUGUUGCAGGGUUGGUGGCCUCGCGGGCAAGGUCCGGCUCAAGUAGCCAAAACAAAGGGAUUGAAAGGGGGCUCAUCUGAUGGUCUGCAUGGGUUGUCUGGACAUAGACAGCCUUGGGCUUAGACGCUCUGGUUUUCACUAAAGGGGCGUGUCUUUGGAGGACAAGGAAACCACCUCUGCUCUUAUAACGAACAAACACGAUUUGACAAUUUGGAAGAUAUUCCACGUCCACGGCCGAGAGAGACGGGGAUCUGUUCACAUCGCAACCACCCUGGCCGACGGCGAAUUGGGUGAGAGGGAGGCAGGCAGAUAAGCUGCACCAAGGUAAGUAAACGCUUCUUCGUCCAAAGUCCAAGUCCGUUUCAUGGAAAUUCUUUGGGCCAACGUUCGUUUUGGCCUCACCAAGGCCAGCUUUUAUUGCCAAACAUGAACCUACCAGAUGCAUUGUGCAGGCGGAGUAA